AUGGAUUUUGAAAGAAUGAUCCUAAUUUUUGUUUUGUGUCUCUGUUUGACAAGCAGCUAUCAGGUGGAUGGAACCCAAAUUACAUCCAAAGAAGAGGAAUUGGAGUUGGAAAGACAACUAAAACUCAUAAACAAACCUCCUACUAAAAGUAUUCAGACGGAGUUUGGAUAUAUUGUUGACUGUGUCGAUAUCAAUAAACAAUUGGCUUUUGACCAUCCUUUGUUGAAAGAUCACAAGAUCCAGAAAAGACCUCGUUUACCACUAAGAAGAACAAAGAGUGUAGGUCUCUCACAAAAUACACUUUCAAUGAUUGGUUUACUGAAAGAUGAUUGUCCAUUGGGAACCGUUCCUAUUCGUAGGACAACAAAAGAAGACCUCAUAGCAAUUCGGUCAAUGUCAAAUAACAUUUAUCCUCAAUCAACAGAACAUCCCGGUGUUCAUACUGCAAUUAUCCAAAUGCUAGACAUACCAGGUCGUAGUUACACUGGAGUUCAAGGAAAUAUCGCUGUCUAUAAUCCUGAUGUUAAGCUGGGAGAAAGCUAUGCAGAAAUACAUGUCAUUAAUGGCGCAGAAUAUAAUACGAAUGCUAUCAUUACUGGAUGGAUGGUUUCUCCAACUAUGUACAUGGGUACUAGUUAUUCUUAUUUCUUUGCACAUUGGACAAUUGAUGGUUCUAAAUCAACGGGCUGCUUCAACCUUUAUUGCCCAGGAUUUGUGCAAAUUGACAGAAGAGUUCAUCUCGGGGCACCUAUAAGCAAUGUAUCCAUUCCUUACGGUCCUCAUUUUGAGAUUCCAGUCUCUAUUUUUAAGGAGGAUGAUGGCAAUUGGUGGAUAACAUACAACGGUAUUAAUGUUGGAUAUUAUCCAGCAAAUAUAUUUAAUAAUUUUACUAAUCCUCAAAUUGUUGGCUGGGGAGGUAUCGCUGUGGUUCCUGAUCCUACAACUGGAAUUAGCCCACCCAUGGGAUCAGGAGUAUUUCCAGACGGCAAGUAUGAGCAUUCAUGUUCAAUUAGAUUUGUUCAGUAUAAAAAUAAUUCAGGAAUUCUAGAUGGACCUUAUGGUGGCAGCUAUGAGAAAAUCAUUGAUAGUCCUGGCUGUUAUAGUGUAGCGGAUCCUGUAUAUCGUGCGAUCCAGGGAUACAACUUCGAUUUUGGUGGCCCAGGUGGAAAAUGUGGCAACUGA